UUAAAAUUGCAAACCCUCGAUUUCAUUUCUCCAAUUCGAUCGGUGUGUAAAAAAUUUUGAGGACGACGACGACGACGACGAAAGAGAAAAAGAGUGUUUCAGUCACCACCACUGCACAAGGAGCUCGGAAACACAAAACCAAUUCAUCCCCUUGUCGUCUCCAUAUCUACCUUUUUCCCCGUUCUGCUUCUUCGUCUCUACCAACCAAGGAAUGCUGUUUAAAUGGAAUCUACAAUGGAGAAUCUAACGGAAAUAGAGUCGACAAUGGAGAAUUUAACGGAGGUGGGGAGUGAGAGAGUUGAACUGGGCGCUGAUAAGGAAAUUGAAAGUGGAGAGCUAAGGCAGGAUGAUGUAAAGGAAAUGGAGAAUGAGAAUCCAGGAGAGGAAGCUCCAUGUCCCAUGGUUACUUCACUUGUGACUCCGAGGGAGACCAAUGAUGAUGAUCCGCCAAAGAUUGAUGAUGAGAACAAUUCCCAGUUAGAAACAAGCCCGCCUGAAGAAGGUUUAAUCAACCCUACCGUUGAAGACACUCCAGAAGAGAACAUAGUAUCUACCGAAGUAAGUUCAGAUAUCUUGAAAGAAGAUGACGGAGAUGCUGUCAAGGUUGACAAAGAUGAUGCACCAGUCCUUGAAGCUGAAAUACCUGACUCCACACUCUUGGAGGAGGACACAGGAUCACUGCUUCAGCAUGAUGAUAUUGUGAUGGAGCAGGAAAAAGCUGCAGAAGAAGAUGACAUGAUAGCCUCAGGGGACCAUGGAGAAUUUGCUGUCAAUCCUGAUAACAUACAUUCAGAAGAAGAAGGAUCACUGCAUCAUCAUGCUAAUACUGUAAUGGAGCAGGACAAAGCUGCAGAAGAACAUGAGAUCAUAUCCUCUGGAGACCAUAACGAAUUUCCAGCCAAUCCUGAUGCCAAAGUUGUUGAGGAGAACAAUGAAAGUAUGGAUGAGGGUGAGGCUAACAAUGUGAACUUGGCUGGCGAUGGAAGUGGACCAGUCGAUCAUGAUCACGGGACCACAAGGGAGCUUGACACAGAGCUAGAGGUGCCUGGUUCUGAGACCAUAUCUAAACUGGAGGAUACAAGGGAGUUUGACAAAGGGCUAGAGGUGCCUGGUUCUGAGACUGUAUCUAAACUGGAGGAUACGCCAUCUGAGCCUCUCUUAGAAGCCUCAAUGAACGUGGAAAAAGAACCGGACAUGCCUGCCACUGAAAAUUUGACAGACAAUGACAAAAACUCUGAUGUGUUGGCAGUUAGAGUCUCAGAAGACAGUGACAAAGGGUUAUCUGUCUUGCCCGCUACCCAAAAUCCCUCUGAUCAUGAUGAAGGAAUGACUAUAGUUGAUGCUGAAGCUACAGAAGACAUGGAACUUGAUCUUCCAGGUUCUAAAUUGGUUGCUGAUGCUACUGUUGACUCUGCUAAUAACAAGGAUGUCAAUGUUGAGGCUAAUACUGAAAAGCCAGAUAAUUCUAGAGAACGUGUGAUAAAUGAUACAGAUAAUGUAAGUGCACAAGUGAGACGUGGACCCGGUCCUCGUGUUGCAUCUUCCAAUAUAAAGUCUGAAGCGCGGGGUAGUGGAGAUUUAAAUAACGGAGUCCAUAAAAUAGUUCGGACAACACCUGGCUUUGAUGGGACCAUGCGCCCAAAGCACUCUUUCCUCUUGGAUGAUAGGUCUGACGGUAAUGAAUCUGGAACAGAAGAAGAUCAGUCUGAUUUUAUGAAGGAAUUGGAUAGUUUCUUUAAAGAGAGAAACAUGGAUUUCAAACCUCCAAAAUUUUAUGGGGAGGGACUGAAUUGCCUUAAGUUGUGGAGAGCUGUAACUAGAUUGGGCGGGUAUGACAAGGUUACUGGAAGCAAGCUAUGGCGGCAAGUGGGAGAGUCUUUCAGGCCCCCAAAGACAUGUACAACAGUAUCAUGGACUUUCCGAGGUUUCUACGAGAAGGCUCUUCUUGAAUAUGAGCGGCAUAAAGUUAGUGGAGGUGAACUUCAGAUACCCCUUCCGUUGGAACUAGAACCAAUGAAUAUUGAUAAUCAUGCGUCUGGAUCAGGUAGAGCAAGGAGAGAUUCAGCAGCACGUGCUAUGCAAGGUUGGCAUUCACAGCGUCUUAAUGGUAACGGUGAAGUUAGUGACCCUGCUGCAAUCAAGGAUAAGAACUUAGUUCUUCAUCAGAAGCGUGAGAAACAGAUUGGGACCUCCCCUGGUUUGCUCAAACGCAAGAGGCCUGCUGAAUAUGGUGUAAAAAAUGCCAACCAAGUUUCUAAACCUAUGUUGGAUGUUACAGUUGUUGAUGUUGGACCACCAGCUGACUGGGUCAAGAUUAACGUACUGAGGACGCAAGAUUGCUUUGAGGUCUAUGCAUUAGUCCCAGGUCUAGUUCGUGAAGAGGUCCGAGUCCAAUCAGAUCCGGCUGGGCGGUUGGUAAUAAGUGGAGAACCUGAGAACCCUAUGAAUCCCUGGGGAGCGACUCCUUUCAAAAAGGUUGUAAGUUUGCCGACGAGAAUCGAUCCUCAUCACACAUCGGCUGUGGUAACCUUAAACGGACAGUUAUUUGUCCGUGUGCCUCUCGAGCAAUUGGGUUAGAAACAUUUACAGUUUUAACAAAAAAGCCUUUGAAGAAGAUCUGAAAAGGGAGAUGAUUGUUAGAAGAUGUAGCUGUUGUUGAGAGUAUUUUGUCUGUAUAUUAUUAUGAGAGCAUAACACCACAACCUGAGAAGGGCCAACUUUAGGAAUCCUUUUUAAUUAGACGAUCUAGUUUAUGGUCUCUCUCCUCUCUUUGAUUGGAUUCUCUUCUUAGUAGUGUCACUAUUGAUUUGUUGUAGCUCAAAAAUCUUUUUUAAAAAACCCUUUUUCUACUAGGAAGACACCAAUUUAAAACUUUA